CGCCCACGAGGCGGAGCGGCAGCGGGAGCGCGAGCGGCGGGCGCGGGCGCGCGCGGAGGAGCUGCGCCGGCUGGCGGCGGGCGCGGGGGGGCAGGAUCAGCAGGAGGAGGCAAAGACUGUGAUGGCCUCGCUGGAGCAGAGCCUCGCUGCCCAGGAGAAGCUGCAGCAGGACGUGCUUCGGCUGACGUCCGAGGCAGAGGAGGCCAGGAACCGAGCGGCUUCGUUGGAGCAGAAAGUUGCAGCCCAGCAGCAGCUGCAGCAGGACGCGGCGCGAUUCGCGUCCGAGGCAGAGGACGCCCGGAGCCGAGCGGCGUCAUUGGAGCAGAGCCUGGCGGUCCAGGAGCAGCUGCAGCAGGAGUUGCUUCGGCUUACGACCGAGGCAGAGGAGGCCAAGCGCCUUGUGGCAUCUCUGGAGCAGAGCUCGGCGGCCCACGAGCAGCUGAAGCAGGAGGUGCUGCGGCUGACGUCCGAGGCAGACGAAGCCAGGACGCGAUCGGAUGCGCUAGAGCAGAAACUGUGGGCCCAGGAGCAUCUGCAGCAUGACGUGGCGCGACUCACUUCUGAGGCAGAGGAGGCCCGGGGCAGAGCGACCUCACUGGAGGCCGAAGUCGCCGCCAAAGAGCAGCUGCAGCAGGACGUGGCGCGACUCGCCUCUGAGGCAGAGGAGGCCCGGGGCCGAGCGGCCUCCCUUGAGGCCGAAGUCGCCGCCAAAGAGCAGCUGCAGCAGGACGUGGCGCGACUCGCCUCUGAGGCAGAGGAGGCCCGGGGCCGAGCGGCCUCACUGGAGGCCGAAGUCGCCGCCAAAGAGCAGCUGCAGCAGGACGUGGAGCGGCUGACCUCUGAGGCAGAGGAGGCCCGGGGCCGAGCGGCCUCCCUAGCCGCCGCCAAAGAGCAGCUGCAGCAGGACGUGGCGCGGCUCGCCUCUGAGGCAGAGGAGGCCCGGGGCCGAGCGGCCUCCCUUGAGGCCGAAGUCGCCGCCAAAGAGCAGCUGCAGCAGGACGUGGCGCGGCUCGCCUCUGAGGCAGAGGAGGCCCGGGGCCGAGCGGCCUCACUGGAGGAGAGCAUGGCGGUCCAGGAGAAGCUGCGGCAGGACGUGGUUCGGCUGAGCUCCGAGGCGGAGGAGGCCAAGACCCUGGCGGCCUCACUGGCGCAGAGCCUGGCGGCCCAGGAGCUGCUGCAGCAGGACGUCGUGAAGCUCGCGUCCGAGGCAGAGGAGGCCAAGGGCCGGGCGGCCUCGCUGGAGCACAGCCUGGCGGCCCAGGAGCUGCUGCAGCAGGACGUUGUACGCCUCACGUCCGAGGCAGAGGAGGCCAAGGGCCGUGCGGCCUCGCUGGAGGCGGAAGUCGCGGCCAAGGCGCAGCUGCAGCAGGACGUGGCGCGGCUCACUGCAGAAGCACGGGAGGCCAAGGGCCGAGCGGCCUCCUUGGAGCAGAGCCUGGCCGCCCAGGCGAAGCUGCAGCACGACAUGGUGCGUCUCACUGCCGAGGCAGAGGAGGCCAGGGCCCGAGCGGCCUCGCUGGAGGCCGAAGUGGCUGAGAGGGGGCAGCUGCAGCAGGCCGUGGCGCGGCUCACGUCCGAGGCAGACGAGGCCCGGAGCCGAGCGGCCUCACUGGCAGAGAGCCUGGCGGCGCAGGAGAAGCUGCAGCAGGACAUGGAGCGGCUGACCUCCGAGGCAGAGGAGGCCAAGGGCCGAGCGGCCUCCUUGGAGCAGAGCCUGGCGGCCCAGGCGCUGCUACAGCAAGACGUGCUGCGGCUCACUGCCGAGGCAGAGGAGGCCAGAGGCCAUGCGGCCUCGCUGGAGCAGAGCUUGCAGCGGAGCUCUGCGACGCAGGAGCAGCUGCAGCAGGAGGUUACAGAGCUCACGUCCGAGGCAGAGCUGGCCAGGGCGCGAGCGGACUCCCUCGAGCAGAACGUGGCUGCCCAGGAGCAGCUGCAGCAGGAGGUGCUGCGCCUCACUGCUGAGGCAGAGGCGGCCAGGGCCCGGGAGGCCUCGCUCGAGGCGGAGGCCGCGGCCAACGCGCAGCUGCAGCAGGACGUGGCGCGGCUCGCCUCCGAGGCGCGGGAGGCCGAGGGCCGAGCGGCCGCGCUGGAGCAGAGCCUGGCGGCCCAGGAGCUGCUGCAGCGGGACGUGGCGCGGCUGACCGCCGAGGCGGAGGAGGCCCGGGGCCGCGCGGCCUCGCUCGAGGAGCGCGCGUCGGCCCAGGAGCAGCUGCACCAGGAGGUGGCGCGGCUCACCGCGGCGGCGGAGGAGGCCCGGGGCCGAGCGGCCGCGCUGGAGCGGAGCCUGGCGGCCCAGGAGCUGCUGCAGCAGGACGUGGAGCGUCUCACUGCCGAGGCGGAGGAGGCCCGGGGCCGCGCGGCCGCGCUGGAGCAGAGCCUGGAGCAGGCGCGGCAGGAGGCGCUGCGGCUCGCCUCGGAGGCGGAGGAGGCCCGGGGCUGGGCGGGCUCGCUGGAGCAGAAGCUGGCGGCCCAGGCCGAGGCGUCCGAGGCGCAGCGCGGCGCGCCAGCUGCCGGCGCCGCCCGCGCAGGGGAGGCCACGGAGCUGCUGGCCCGCGGCGCCGACGCGGAGAGCUCGCAGCAGGAGAUCUCCCGCCUGACGGCCGAGGCCGAGGAGGCGCGGGCCCGCGCCUCCGUUCUGGAGGCCGAGGCCGCCGACAGGGAGAGGCUGCAGCAGGAGCUGUCCAGGCUGGCGGCCGAGGCCGAGGAGUCGCGGGCGCGCGCCUCGUCUCUGGAGGCCGAAUGCGCCGACAGGGAGCGGCUGCAGAAUGAGCUGUCCAGGGUGAGGGCCGAGGCCGAGGAGUCGCGGGCCGACAAGGAGGUGCUGCAACAGGAGGUGUCUAGGCUGAAGACCGAGGCCGAGGAGUCGCGGGCGCACUCGUCGUCUCUGGAGACCGAUGGUGCCGACAGAGAGAGGCUGCAGGAGGAGCUGUCCAGGGCGAGGGCCGAGGCCGAGGAGUCGCGGGCCGACAAGGAGGGGCUGCAACAGGAGGUGUCUAGGCUGAGGGCCGAGGCCGAGGAGUCACGGGCGCGCGCGUCGUCUCUGGAGGCCGAUGGUGCCGACAGGGAGAGGCUGCAGGAGGAGCUGUCCAGGGUGAGGGCCGAGGCCGAGGAGUCUCGGGGCGACAAGGAGGGGCUGCAACAGGAGGUGUCUAGGCUGAGAGCCGAGGCCGAGGAGUCGAUGACGCGCAUGGCAGCGGUGGAGUCCGAGGCUUCCGAGAAGGAGAGAAUGCAGCAGGAGGUCUCUAGAUUGACGGUCGUGGUGGAGGAGUUGCGGGCGCGCACCUCCGCGUCGGAGGCCGAGAUUGUAGAAGCAGAGAGGUUGCAGCAAGAGAUCAUUCGAUUGGCGGCCGAAUCUGAGGAGUCGCGGGCACGCGUCUCCGUCUUGGAGGCGGAGGUCUCCGAGAAUGAGCGCCUGCAGCAGGAGAUCUCCAGGCUGACGGCCGAGGUCGAGGAGUCGCGUGCACGCGCCUCCGCUCCCGAGGAGCGGCCGCCGCGGGGGCCGGCCACGGCGGCCGGGCCCGAGGGGCCGGCGCCCCCCGCCGAGGCCGAGGCCGAGGCCACCGACGCGGAGGGACGGCGGCCGAGG